AUGCCGCGUCUGGGAUGCCGACUUAAUGACAAAAAGAAUGGACGCAAUAGAAAUGGCGAAACGAGAUUACCUGAUAAGUUGAUUCAGGCUUUGAAAACACUGCGACCAAGUGUUCUAUCUCAUGUUUCUCACUUCUUACUGCCAUUUAAAAAACAGGGUUCAAAUUAUAUUGACGCGGCAGAUGAUGUUAUUUAUUAUUCAAAUUCGGAGCAGUAUCGGAACAGGCGAAGUCAACGGUUAUCAAUAUCUUUUGCUACGCAUGUAUCAUCACCCCGCAGCACACUACCUUUGCAACCCAAUACAGAAUCGGUUAACACAUUUGAGCAAAUACGACAGCUUUACAAAAGUGUACCAAAUUUGAGUACAACUUACAAAGAAAAUCCCAGGGAAGCGAACAGUGCCGUUUAUCAUGCGAACAGUUUAUGCCGGAAGAAUAUGUGCUAUGAAUCAGCACGAAAUGCAGUCCAUAAUAGUUCACCAUAUUUGGACACAACAGCAUCACCCACCGAUAGCGGUUAUCGUUCCGCACCGCGUAUGCCGUCUCAUUCGUUAUCAACUUUGUUGCUUCAUCGAAGAAGCGAUUAUUCCUCUUCUCAGAAGGCUAUGUGCCAUCAACGACGUGAACAUAUUACUGAACGAGUUCACGAACCAACGAUAGUAUUUGCGAACUGUUCAUCAGUAGAGAGAUCAUCUCCUCUUCAAAUUAGCCAUUAUAGCACAUGCAGUACAACUUCAAGUCGUCCAUUCAUACAAAAUUAUGACUUCGAAUGCUUAUCCCGAGAAUUCGUUUUCACAUCACCAAAAGAUACCGGCAAUAACCCGCUAAGCAAAUCGUUUAUCACAAUAAAUGAAAAAAUAAAGAAAUUUGAUCUUAGCGAAGGAGAAAUAAUGGAAGUGUUCAGACGAGGAAGAUGUAAAGAACAUUGUCAAAUUAUUAACCGUCAAGCAGUACUAAAAUUGAAGAAAUAUUUGGAAAAUGCUCUUUAUGCCUUAGUUGAUGAGAUUCGCCGUCUUUCUUUGCAAUUUAUUAAAUGCCGUGUCUUGGAUAUCAAGACUGCAGUAAAGGUACUGUUCAAUGGUUCUGUAGCAGAAAGUUGCACUAAAGCUGGAAUUCAGGCAACUUCAAUUUAUGCUCUCAGUGGAUCUGGUGCAUUAAAAACAAGCAUGCAACGACGGGCCGGGUUGUGUUUCAACUUGGGACAUUUUUACAAAUGGAUGAUCGAAAGCCAAAUCAGUGAAAUUAUCCUGGAUGAAGCUGCGGUAUUUCUGUGUGCUGUGUUGGAAUGCCUUUUGGAAGAAAUAAUUCUUGCUUGUGUUGAAUCAAAAUCAUACGAAGGUAACGUAACAACAGAUGCACUGAAUAAAAUGUUGGAUUGUGAAAACAAUAUUAGGAAAUUUUUGGCAGAAAACAAGGAACGAAUAAUAUUAGAAGGAGAAGUUGACUUCACGACGACGAAUCAUCAAAGAUGCUCGAACAAGCUAUCUCGAUUAAGUACUAACAACGAAAGUCAGCUAAUAAAAUUACUACAAAUGAAAGGAAUUGAGAGAAAUAAUAUUGAGAAUUUGGAAAUAGAUCUACCUGCAAGUUAUAACUCUUCGACACUUAAUGAAUGGAUUAGGAUAUCAGAAGCAUAUGCAGCACAUCAUGCUUCCGAUACUGUUGACGAGGAUGAUGUAAGACAAGCUGCUCGGAUUUUACUCAAUAUAGACUGCCCUCCGCGGUUUCUCGACUUCAGAAGCAGUAAAAUCUCUUUGGAAGGAUCAGUGAAAAGCCAGCAUAAAUUAACGCAAGAAAUCGCUUUCCAGUUAUUAAGAGUUAACUCCGAAGAAACUAUUAGCAUGGCAUUGGAUUUUCUUGGACCAGCUAGAUUGCGCAAUCUUGAUUCAUUUGGUUUAACAGCGCUCUCAGAAGCAAUCUUAAUUGAUAAUAACCGAGCAGCAAAUGCAAUAAUAUCGGCUACGCCAGAUUUAAACACUCCAGUUCCAAAUGAGCAAAAUGUAAAGAAUUCAAGCGCUCUUUCGAUGGAUUUUGCUGGUUGGACAUCCUUAACAUGGGCUAUUGCACAAAGAAAUUAUCCAUUAACUGUACGUCUCAUUGAUGCAUGUGCGCAAGUUGAGAAUAAUUCAAUGACCAAAGAAACUCCAUUGCAGGUAGCAGCGAUACUGGGUGAUGCAGAUAUUGUUAGGAAAUUACUGAAAUGCCAUGCGAAUCCAUUCCGAACGACAAUUAAUUAUGAUUCCAUGAAAUGCAAUUAUCGCCACAUGGGAUCGCCAUCAGCUGUUGCAUUAGCAGCUGCAUAUAACCAUCGAAACAUACUCAGAAUGAUGCUCUCUGCAGGAGCAAAUUACAAAUGUUCGGAGGAAAAUUUAAGUUUGAAAGACUUCCUUAAUCAAAAUGAAAUGGCAUUCGAUAAAAAUAAAGCUUCUUUCAAUUUACAAAGCAAUAUGCAUUCAUUUCUGGAUAUUUUCAACAAAGAGCAAAAACAGGCGCUUAAUGAAGCAAUGUAUUACGCCGCUGAAACUUGGCACAUUGACAUCGCUAUGGAUUUACGCAAAAUCGGUGUAGCAUGGAAUUUACAUACAUGGACGACUUGCUUGCAAGCCGCUUGUGUACAACUUUCCCGAAAUUACAAACUUUUACUUCUCAAUGAUUUUAAUUUCCGUUUAGCCGAUGACCUAAUGCACGACGACAUCCGUGAAACUGCCACUUUGUUAUUCGAUAUCAUACGUUCGGAAUGUCCAUCAGCGACCAAAGAACUACGGCAAACAGCUGCAAUAAUAAGUUCGUUUUAUCGACGUAUAUGCGCUGGACAGAUCACAACAAUAAUGAAAUCAGAUAAUUUGGAAAGUCAAGGCAACAACAACCACAAAUCGAUGAUUGAUCCUAGCUAUGUCAACAAUCCUGAUCUUUCCGAUAUUACUUUCUUGGUGGCAAACAAAGUAUUUUACGGUCAUCGUAUUGUUUUGACGAAUACAUCCAACAUUUUCCGAAAACUUUUAGAUAAUAACAGCAAUCAAAUACAUCUCGACAAUAUCUCCUAUGAAACUUUUCAUCUUGUUAUGAUGUAUCUUUACUCCGGUGGCCAACUUGAAGUAAUGGAUGAGUACUCAUUGUCACGACAAUUGGAACUUGUUCAGGCUGCUCUUCGUUUUGGUCUCAAUACUUUGAAAUGUGAGAGAUAUGAUCUUGAUGAAUUAAAAAACGAAUGCUCUACCUAUAUAUUCAAAUAUAUGUCAUCAGUGCUCGAGGACAAGCGGAUCCGAAUUCUUCUGCAACACCGUGAUGGCCAAACAGAUUAUUGUGCAGAACUCCUCAAUAUAUUCUUGGAAAGCUAUCAGAAUCAUGGUCGCAAGACCACCAACUACUGA